ACACAUCACUACAAGAUAAGAAACCUUUAUCGAUGUCUUAAGUCCUUUAACGGGACCAUAUUUCAGCAUUUGUGUUGUAUUUUGAGGAGUUUUGUCUAGUUUGCGUUGUAAUUUCGACGUGAAUCUCGAAGUUUCGUCAUCGUUUCCUCUAUCUUGUUCUUGAGUGCAGAUCUCAGCAAACAGCUUGACUGCAACCAACCUCACAGAACCUACAUUCAACAACGCCCAAAACUGCAAGUAACCGUCAAGAUGUCGUACCGCGUUGAAAUUGCCAAACAAGGACGUGCCGGGUGCCAGAACACGCCUUGCAAGGCAGAGGGUAUCAAGAUCCAGAAGGGCGAGUUCCGCUUUGGGACAUGGGUCGAGAUGGAGCACGGCGCGAGCUUUCGGUGGAAGCAUUGGGGAUGUGUGAGUGGAUUCCAGAUGCAGAAUCUGCGCGAGUAUCUGAAGCAGGGAGAUCCGGAUGGAGAGUACCAGUGGGAUUUCAUGGAUGGGCUCGACGAGGUGCCGGAGGAGUAUCAGGAGAAGCUCAAGACAGCUGUUAUCGAGGGGAAGAUUGCGGAUGAGGAUUGGAAGGGGGAUCCUGCGUAUAAUGAGCUCGGACAGAAGGGCACGCAGCCCAGAGCUAAGAAGGCCAAGAAACCUGCAGAGGGCGAAGAUGAGAUAGAUGCCGAAGGUGCAGCUCCUACCCCUGCCACCAAGAAGCGCGGUCGCGGCAAGAAAGCCGAAGACAGCGACGAGGAGGACGCGAAGCCAGCCCCAAAACGCGCUAAGAAAGCGAAGAAGGAGGAAGCUGACUCUGAGCCUGCACCCAAGAAGGAACCUGCGCCCAAGAAGGAGCGUCGCAAUCGUGCCACGAAGAAAGAGGAAUCUGAUGAGGAUGUCAAGGCCGAGUCGGAGGAUGAGGUGAUGCCGACCCGGACAUCUCGAUCUAGGAGAAGCAUCGCGAAGAAAGAGGAAUCUGCGGAUGAAAUGGGGGUUGAAGAUGAGGCAAAGCCUUCUGUUGAGGUUAAGCCAGCGAAGAAGGGACGCGCUAAAAAGGUCAAGGCAGAGGCUGUCAAUGAGAACGGCGCUGCUGAAAGCCCUGUUGAGGAGGCGAAUGGCCGCGCUAAUGCUACCAAUGGGGCCAAGAAAGAACCUAAGGAGGGGCCAGCGGGUGUUAAACCAGAACCGGAGGAAGAUGAUGUUGUGGACAUGUCUGGUAAAGCUACUAAACCCCGUGCGAAGAAGGCCAAGCGCGAGUCUAUCAAGAAAGAAGAGCGCGACGACUCAGCUGUUGCUUCGCAGGUGAAGAAUGAGGAUGCGGAUGUGGUGGAUUUUAAACCAAAGCGGGGAAGACGAGUCAAGAAGGAGGAAACCCCGGAGGUGAAUGCUGAGGACAUCGAUGAUGAUGCUGAGGCGGAAGAGGAAGAGACGCGUGGGAAGAAGAGAGCGAAAGUCGAGCAGACUGAGGAGGUGAAGCCCGCUGCGAAGACGAGAACAAGACGUAGUAGGGGUUAGAUGGCUUUUGAGGGCUUGGAGGGAUGGGGUUGGGUUGAUAUGCUCGGGGAUGGCGAUGGUAUACUCACAUGGAUGGAGGUAAUCAAAACGAGCUGUGCUGAAGCUGGCAUUUGUUGUAACAUAUUUCUUGGGCAAUGCAGCAUGCACGAGAUCAUAUACCUAGAUAGCUAGCCAUAUAUAUUCCUACGGGCUCUGAUAAUACAUUUUAAUACAGCAGCGGUAUACGCC